UCUAAAAGACGUAAAAUUCAGGAGCUUGUAUUGUGUAGCUGCUAAAAAUUUUAAUUUUCCACUAUUUAAUCCAGUUUUGAAAGGUUAACAAUGGUAAGUAUUGUUCCGUCUCGAUUCGCUGGUCUGCGAAUCGAGGAUGAUGAUGAAGAGUUUGCUACACCUAAGCAGAAAUCAAAUGCUUCCCUUGGUACAAAAACUGCCGGUAACACCAAACAGGCCGGUAGCCACCAGAACUCUAAUCAGAAGAAAUCAAAACCGAAGAAAGUGAAAAAAACUGUUAAUGCUGGAGUGCAACAAGAACAGUGGUCUAAAUGGCAAGCAAAAGAUUCCGAAAUCGUCGAGAGUAACUAUGAAAAGGAUUUAGAACAAGCCUUGAUGUUGUCGAAACUGGACUUCGAAGCAAAUAAAACAAAACUAUCAAAACCCGAAAAGGAAUCUAAACAGCCUGGAAAGCCAAAAAAAGCUAGACCUUUGUCUUUGCAGCAAUUUCAAUCUAAAGUUGACCGGGAUUCAACCGACAAAGAAGCAGAACAACAGUGCAAAGAAGCCGAAGUGCUAUACAAUAAAAAGUUCACCUUUUUCGAGCAAAUAGAUAUGGAAACAAAGCAAAUCAUUCAAAAGGAACAGUUCAAAUCUCUAAUUUCCACUCGAGGAUAUAGCACUGGAAAAAAAUCCUCUGAAAACGAAAAACCAGAGUCUCCCUCACCUAAUAGUAGCGAAAUUGAUACAUUGAAAACAGAAAAUGCAGCUUUGCGUGCGGAACUUGAGUUGGUUCGAACAAGACUGAAAAAGGUUUGCUCCAUUCUCAAGACUGGCGAGAUGAAGGACAAAUCCGAACUGCUGAUUGAGAUCGAGAAACUGAAGAAGAACCGAGAAGAUAUGAUCACUGAGAUGACUGCCUUGUACGCGCAGCUUGAACAAGAGAAGUCCAAAACCGGUGGCUCUAAUCAUGAACGGGGCAAGGAAAGAACAGCCGUAAGGAAAUCGGUCCGAUUCGAUGCGUCGACUGAAGUACAUAACGGCAGGGCCGAUUAGAUGACCGGGGUCUGAUGGAACUAGAUUAGAUUAUUUUUAGUGUGUAUUAAGAGGUUUGCGAUCUCGCCAAAUUUCCAUUAUGUGUUUAGUGAUAGGUGUAGGAUGAGUAAUGCAAAUA